AUGGCUGGGGACGACAAAAAAGUAGACUUCGAUCCUUCAACAGGGCGCACUGUGUCCCAUAAACGUGUAAACCAACCAUAUCUUACACACCAACGCUGGUUAGCAGCGCAAAGGCGCCUGGAAGCACGGGCAAAGGCGCGCGUCGAAGGCCGCAAACUACCGCCUUCGGAGUUCGACGACGAGGAUGCAUCGACGGAGCACCACCAGAUAUGGGGCAAUAUGCUGCUUACCUCUUUGUUUUUUGCUUUCAUGGCGGUGGUAAUUGCGCUGUCCGCGGGUCUAUUUGUCCAAGGGGAUCCUUUGUGGGGCUACCGCGGCAAAUGGACGAAUGUACGGACGUACCUGCGUGUGCCGCAACAGGAAUUCACCCCCGAUACACUUGCCCACUUUGAUGGCACGGACCCAAAGCGGCCCAUCUUGAUUUCGGUCAAGGGCGCCGUGUUUGACGUGUCCAAAGGGAGGCUCUAUUACGGGCCGGGCGGCCCGUAUCAUGUAUUUGCAGGGCGCGAUGCAUCCCGUGCUUUCGUGACAGGGUGUUUCCAAACGCACAAGACGCACGAUACGCGAGGCUUGACCGAGCAGGAGCUCCAGUCGCUGGACGGAUGGUACAAGUACUAUAUGAACCACCACACCUACUACCAGGUGGGGCAAGUGAAGCUCCCACCGAUCGACCCAGCGUCGGCAUUGCCGGAGCCAUGCCAUAAUUUACAAAAGCCAGGAAUGUAG